GUCAAAUAUGAAGAUUUUUGCCAUAGCCGUAUUCCGUAAAAAGGACAAGGAGUCCACCAAUCUGGCUCAGAAUGUAGACGUAUCCUCGUUUGGAUAUUUCCAACGGGGGAGUGUACAAGAGUUUAUCGAAUUUUUCAUGAAGACCGUUGCCAGCCGUACGGAAGCAGGGACCAGGGUGCGCAGAUGUCCUUGA